GGUUUUGGUUCAAACCCCAUAUUUUGUUCCUUGUUUAUCUUGCUUUCUUUAUUCCCGAAUCUAUUCCUCUUCAUCCUCUCUCUCUCUCUCUCUCUCUCUCUCAAAGCAUGACCUGCAAGUUUCAAGAGAAUCAAGGCUGUUCCUUGUUUUUCGAGUCGGUCGGCCUAGAGGAAUCAUCUUUCCCUCUUGGCCCUCCGAGGGUCUCCAUUAUAAAUACCGGAGUCUGGAAUUUCAUUGUGCUUUAAAAUCCAGAGGCUGCUGAGAUCGGCGGAAGACCGAACGUACAGUGAUGUCGAACGUGAGCUUUCUUGAGCUGCAGUACAAGAUCUCCAAGAACAGGUUCUUGAGGAAGCCGUCGAGGAUGUUCUCCAGACAAACCUCUGGCCUGUCGGCGUCCCCGGCUUCUGUUUCUCAGCCCGACAUCAACGAGAUGAGGCGGGUUUUCAACCGGUUCGACUCCGACAAAGACGGGAGGAUCUCUCAGAGGGAGUACAAGGCUGUCCUGAGAGCGCUGGGGCAAGACAAGGCCGUCGAAGAGGUGCCCAAGAUCUUCAAGGCCGUGGACAUGGACAGGGACGGGUUCAUCGACUUCAAGGAGUUCAUGGAAGUGCACAAGGCGGGCGGAGGGGUUCGGACUUCGGACAUACGAAACGCUUUCUGGACGUUCGAUCUGAACGGAGACGGGAAGAUAAGCGCGGAGGAAGUGAUGUCGGUUUUGAGGAGGCUCGGGGAGAGGUGUUCUUUGGAGGAUUGCAGGAGGAUGGUGAGGGCUGUAGAUGCAGACGGUGAUGGCUUGGUUAACAUGGAUGAGUUCAUGACGAUGAUGACGACGACUCAGAGCAUGACUAUCAUCGUCUGAACUACAUAUGUCUCUGUCAAGAUGUCUGAAACUGUAGGAUCAAUAUAUAUAUAUAUAUAUAUAUGCACAUAUGUAUGUCUAUGCUUAUGAGAUCUCUGUAAUAUGUUUUCUCCUGUUUUUCUCGUUCUGUAAAGUGACAAAAAUCAGGAAAGAUAUAGAAGAAGCUUGGUGAAGAAACUCACAACUGGACGCGAGUUGCUAUUAAUCAAAUAAUUACCGAUA